AAAUCCCAGGAAAGUAAAAACAAAGCAAACAAAACCGAAGACCUACAGCUGAAGACAAGUGAGCCAGAUUCUGCUUCUGCAAAUAUGAGAGAUUCUGCAGAAGGUCCCAAAGAAGAGGACGAGAAGCCCUCAGUCUCAGCAGCGGAGCAGACCGCCGUUCUGCAGGAGGCGGUCAGUCAGGAUGUGCUUCCAGAGUUGGUAGCUCCCCCCGCCACCUGUGAGCCCCACACAGAACCAGACGAGAAGCCAGAAGCCACGAACUGUGAGGGGAAUGAUUUGGAGGAAGAGGAGGAAGAGGAAGAAGAUGAGGAGGACGAGCUGGAGGAAGAGGGGGAGGAGGAAGCAGACAUGCCAAAUGAAAGCUCUGCGAAAGAGCCAGAAAUACGAUGUGAUGAGAAGCCAGAAGAUUUAUUAGAAGAACCAAAAAAUGUUUCAAAAGAAACGCUUGCGGGCUCUCUGGAGGUUUCACCUGUUCCCAGAACUCCCAAAACUAAAGAAGAGGCCAACGGCGAUCUGUUCGAGACAUUUCUGUUUCCGUGUCAGCAUUGUGAGAGGAAGUUCACGACCAAACAGGGGCUCGAACGGCACAUGCACAUUCACAUAUCCACGGUCAAUCAUGCUUUCAAGUGCAAGUACUGCGGGAAGGCGUUCGGCACGCAGAUCAACCGGAGGCGGCACGAGCGGCGCCACGAGGCGGGGCUGAAGCGGAAGCCCAGUGUCCCGCUGCAGCCGCCCGAAGAGCUGGCCGACGGCAGGGCGCCUGGGGACGGGGCUGCCGCGAAGGAUGACUCGCCGCCGUCCGGGCUCGGGCAGGACUCGCUGCUCGCGCAUCCAGAGAAGGCCCCCCAAGAGACCAUCCAGUCUUCUUUUGGAGAAGAAAAUGGGGAAGUCAAGGAGCUUCAUCCGUGCAAAUACUGUAAGAAGGUUUUUGGGACGCACACAAAUAUGAGACGGCAUCAGCGCAGGGUGCACGAGCGUCACCUGAUUCCCAAGGGCGUGCGGCGGAAAGGGGGCCUCCUGGAGGAGCCGCGCCCUCCCGCGGAGCCCACCCCACCCGCCCCGAGUGUCUACGUGCCCAGCACAGAGCCCGAGGAGGAUGGGGAGGCAGAUGACGUGUACAUCAUGGAUAUCUCCAGCAAUAUCUCGGAAAACCUGAAGUUCUAUAUUGAUGGCAAAAUUCAGACCAGCAGCAGCACGAGUAACUGUGACGUCAUCGAGAUGGAGUCAGCCUCGGCGGACUUGUACGGGAUAAAUUGUCUGCUUACUCCGGUCACGGUGGAGAUCACCCAAAACGUCAAGACUGCACAGGCCUCCCUAGCAGAUGAUCUUCCUAAAGAGCCUUCCAGCAGCACAAACAGUGAGUCCAAGAAACGGAGAACCGCGAGUCCUCCCACACUACCUAAAAUCAAAGCUGAGACGGAGCCUGACCCCUCGGUGCCCUCGUGUUCCUUAUUGCCUCUCACCAUAGCCACGUCAGAGGCCGUGUCUUUCCACAAAGAGAAAAGCGUGUACUUGUCAUCGAAGCUCAAACAACUUCUUCAGACCCAGGACAAGCUAACUCCUCCUACAGGCAUUUCCACGACUGAAAUCCCGAAGUUAGGGCCUGUUUGUGUGUCUGCUCCCGCGUCGAUGCUCCCCGUGACCUCGAGCAGGUUUAAGCGGCGGACCAGUUCUCCUCCCAGUUCCCCGCAGCACAGUCCCGCCCUUCGAGACUUUGCAAAGCAGAGUGAUGGCAAAGCAGCGUGGACUGAUGGAGUUCUAGGUUCCAAAAAGCCCAAAUUAGAAAGCCACAGCAACUCACCGGCGUGGAGUUUAUCUGGGAGAGAGGAGAGAGAAGCCGUGAGCCCGCCGUGCUUUGACGAAUAUCCAGUAUCCAAGGAGUGGGCAGCCAGUUCUACUUUCAGCAAUGUGUGCAACCAGCAGCCUCUGGAUUUAUCCAGCGGUGUCAAACAGAAGGCUGAGGGCACAGGCAAGACUCCCGUCCAGUGGGAAUCUGUAUUGGAUCUCAGCGUGCAUAAGAAGCCGUGUGGCGACUCGGAAGGCAAGGAGUUCAACGGAAACCAUCUGGUGCAGCAAGCCUGCAGUGCUGUGAAGAAAAAGAAACCAACCACGUGCAUGCUGCAGAAGGUUCUUCUCAAUGAGUACAAUGGCCUCGAUUUACCCGUAGAGAGCGCUGCGGAUGUGACGCGGAGCCCGAGUCCUUGUCAGUCCCUGGAUCCCCAGCCAGACACUGGCCUUGGCCCGGAUUCCAGUUUACCGGCCCCUGUGGCUGAGUCCCCACCCGAUGUCUCUCCUUCCUCACCUGCCCCGCAGACCUCUCCCCUUUCUUCUGGGCAGCUGCCUCCUCUCCUGACCCCCACGCACCCCUCUCCCCCGCCGGCCUGUCCUCCGCUGUUGACUGUUGCCACGCCGCCGCCUCCGCUCCUUCCUACUGCCCCUCUUCCGGUCCCCGCUUCCGGGCCUUCUCCCCGUCCGUGUCCCUCUCCUCUCUCGAAUGCCACCGUGCAGUCCCCGCUUCCCAUUCUCUCCCCUACAGUGUCUCCGUCACCGUCUCCCAUCCCUUCUGUGGAGCCGCUCACGUCUGCUGCCUCGCCCGGACCCCCCACCCUUUCCUCGUCGUCUUCCUCGUCGUCUUCCUCCUCUUCCUUCUCCUCUUCGUCUUCCUCCUCUUCCCCCUCGCCGCCACCACUCUCAGCAGUAUCCUCUGUUGUUUCCUCUGGGGAUAAUCUGGAAGCUUCUCUCCCCAUGAUAACCUUCAAGCAGGAGGAACUAGAGAAUGACGAUCCGAAACCCAGGGAAGAAGCCCAGUCUGCAGUUGAACAGGAGGUUGUUCAGGAAACGUUCAACAAAAACUUCGUCUGCAAUGUCUGUGAAUCACCUUUUCUUUCCAUUAAAGAUCUAACCAAACAUUUAUCUGUCCAUGCUGAAGAAUGGCCCUUCAAAUGUGAAUUUUGUGUGCAGCUCUUUAAGGCUAAAACUGAUCUGUCAGAACAUCGCUUUUUGCUUCAUGGCGUUGGGAAUAUCUUUGUGUGUUCAGUUUGUAAAAAAGAAUUUGCUUUUCUGUGCAAUUUGCAGCAGCACCAGCGAGAUCUCCACCCAGACAAGGUGUGCACCCACCAUGAGUUUGAAAGCGGCACCCUGAGGCCCCAGAAUUUCACCGAUCCCAGCAAGGCCCAUCGAGAGCACAUGCAGAGUUUGCCAGAAGAUCCUUUAGAGGCGUCAAAAGAAGAAGAAGAGCUGAAUGAUUCCUCCGAAGAGCUUUACACAACCAUAAAAAUAAUGGCUUCUGGCAUAAAGACGAAAGACCCGGAUGUCCGACUGGGGCUCAAUCAGCAUUACCCGAGCUUUAAACCACCCCCAUUUCAGUACCAUCACCGGAACCCCAUGGGCAUCGGUGUGACGGCCACAAAUUUCACUACACACAAUAUUCCACAGACGUUCACCACUGCCAUCCGCUGCACAAAGUGCGGGAAGGGUGUUGACAACAUGCCGGAGUUGCAUAGACACAUCCUGGCGUGUGCUUCGGCCAGUGACAAGAAGAGGUAUACCCCUAAGAAAAACCCAGUGCCCUUGAAGCAGACUGUCCAGCCCAAAAACGGUGUGGUGGUUCUCGAUAACUCCGGGAAGAACGCCUUCAGACGAAUGGGACAGCCCAAAAGACUGAACUUUAGCGUCGAGCUCAGCAAAAUGUCCUCAAACAAGCUCAAACUAAACGCAUUGAAGAAAAAAAACCAGCUGGUCCAGAAAGCAAUCCUUCAGAAAAACAAAUCUGCGAAGCAGAAGGCCGACUUCAAAACCGCCUGUGAGUCGUCCUCGCACAUCUGCCCGUACUGUAACAGGGAGUUCACGUACAUCGGGAGCCUGAACAAACACGCUGCCUUCAGCUGUCCCAAAAAACCGCUCUCUCCUUCCAAAAAAAAAGUUUCCCACUCAUCCAAGAAAGGCGGGCACUCCUCACCUGCAAGUAGCGACAAAAACAGCAGCAGCCACCGUCGACGGACGGCGGACGCGGAGAUUAAGAUGCAGAGCACACAGGCUCCUCUGGGCAAGACCAGAGCACGCAGCUCGGGCCCCGCACCGGUCCCGCUGCCCUCCUCGUCCUUCAGGUCCAAGCAGAAUGUCAAAUUCGCGGCUUCGGUCAAGUCCAAAAAGCCAAGCUCCUCCUUAAGGAACUCGAGCCCGAUCAGAAUGGCCAAAAUAACUCACGUUGAGGGGAAGAAGCCCAAAGCUGUGGCCAAGAAUCAUUCUGCUCCACUCGCGAGCAAGACGGCCCGCGGCCUACACGUGCGGGUGCAGAAGAGCAAAGCCGUCCUGCAGAGCAAGUCCGCUUUGGCCAGUAAGAAAAGAACAGACCGGUUCAAUGUAAAAUCUAGAGAACGGAGUGGGGGGCCGGUCACCCGAAGCCUCCAGCUGGCAGCCGCUGCUGACCCGGGGGACAGCAGGAGGGAGGACAGCGGUGGCAAGCAGGAGCUGAAGGACUUCAGAAUUUUGACAUAAGCGUUUAAAGGAAGUAGCUGUUGGUUCAGUUGGAGGCAUGAAGAAGGGUCACACUGCUUUGACUGCCUCAGACCUGAAAUUCCAGCUUUUGUGUCAGAUCUAGGACUCACCGAGUGGUACCGUUUCUUUGAUAGGGCCGGUUGUGAAUUGAAUUUGAAACCAUGAAAACGCUCUCAAAAGUACCCUGUUACGAAAAGAUGAAAUGUUUUCACGCUUCCUUCAUAUCUUGGGUCAUAUCUCAAUGUCACUUUGUGUUAUUUCUGGACCAUAGAUCAUCGCUGCUCAUGGUUAAGGUUGUUGGAUCACCGAGUUCGUUGAAACCACACUGCAGUCUUGUUUAAUAUUUCUGUGACUGGAGCAUAGUUACAAUAAUCGAGCAUGCUUUUAUUAUUCAUGGUUUCUUUUACCGUGUUUUAAUUUGAAAAAGUUGCCUCAUUGGUUAAAAGAAACACACGACACCGUACUCCUUUUAAGAUGCCUUAUGUCUCCCCACGCAUUCCCCUCUCCAGACAGAGGAUAAGAAAUGGGCCAGAUUCCGAGGAAAGGAGAGCAGGGAGCGCUGAGAGCCUUGCAUGGGGGCGCAGAGCCUGGCAGGUCCCUCAGGCGGGUGUGUCAGUAGCCUUUGUUCCCCCUGGUAAUGGCAGAAGAAUUCAUCUAGGGUGGAGGUGACUUCACCGUUUUAUUCUGUGUCCCCCCCGCAUUAAGAACUGUUCUCAGUGACACAUUAAAAACACAGGGCAGUGGUUAAAUUUGUCAUACGGACUUUUCAGACUUUCCAAGUUACUCAGGUAACCUGAGCUGAUGUGUGUUCUCGGAAUCCCUGCUCCUGGAUGAUGCCUCCGGGUGAAUCCCAUGUGACACAGGCAACAUCAGAUAGAAUUGCUGCAAAAUAACUUCCAAAUCUUGUCCCUUCAGAGUGACGAGCUGCUCGGCUCUAGGCUUUCUUGGCUGUAACUUUGAGUGUCUGAAAACUCUGGUGUUUCAGGCAAAGCAUUAGUAUGAAUUCUGAGGAGUGAAAGCGUUAGAAUGAAUUCUGGGGAGUGACUGCCAUCUCGGAGAGUCCUGAGGACGCCAAGGUGCUGUGGUCACUGCACAGUUGAUGAGCAGAGUCCUUGGUGCAGGUGCGCCUUAAGUCAUGGCUGAAGAAGGAUGUAGAGAGGGUCAUCAGCCAAGGCUGAUAGGAAUAAUUGACUGUAGGAAGGAAGGGUCACAGUUUUAAAGAGCGACUUUAAUGAGUGAACUAAAUAAUCCGUCACGGUAGUUCCAGAUCGGCGUCUGGUCUCCGGCCAUGGCAUAUGCCUGACAUAGCAUCUCGGAGCUUAGCCCCAGCAACAAUGCGCACCUGUUUCUCAGCUCUUCAAGCUGCCUGCCUGUGGCAAUUUAACUGUGUACCUGUUUGUACCCCGUCUGUAUUCUGGAAGUUCCACGGCAACAGGAUGUUCUUGAACCGAGUCCUUUUCAAGGUUAAAGAACCAGAAAAUGCCAUCAUUUUCAUAGACUUUACUAAAAACGCCUCCCAGGUGGUUGAUGCUCUAGAAUGUACUCUGCAUCCCUUUUUGUCUGCAGUGUCACCUGAACACAUCGCUCAUUUUGUACCGUAUCCCAUUUAUACAGUUCAAGGGUGAGGUUAUGCAAAAUUAAAGUACAAUGAAGGUAAACUCUCUGAGUGAUUAUACAUGUAUGAAGUUCAUUCACUUGGCCUCUUAUUCAUCCAGUGCUUUUUGAAGAACCCUGAAAACUUCAAAGGACCAAAGUGCCUAAUAAAAUUUUGUCUCUUUGCUCCAGUUAAUCUUAAUAAUUUUGCUUUAUUUGAUAGUUAAUAGAGGGUUCCAUGGCUGGAAUGGAUUUGGCCUAAAAGGAAACACUGAAGAGUCUGAUACGAAAACAUUGCUGUUAUUUCCAGCAGGUAGAUGGUGGCAGCAGGACUCCCCUUCCUGGUGGCAUGAGUUGCUGGCACUGUACUGUGGGCACAUCUGAAGAAAGGACGUGUGUCUUACACUGGGGUAGAGGUGUGGAGGGGGAGAGGGCUGCUUAGGGUGACCACAGAUUUGUGAAGUAUUUUUGGGAAGUGAAAAAAUCAACAUGUUCCGUAGGACUUCAUAGUUUAAUUAUCUGCGCCCAAGAGUGGGCAUUUCUUCAGAGAGUUGGUUUGUGAUCUUCUUCGCACCUUGUUGUGCAUUUGCUGUAAAACUGGGAUUUCUAAGCUCUGGCCUUGGGCAGCUGGGGGGUCAUCGCUGUCCAGCCCAGAGCUCUUAGAAAGCCAGCCUCAUCCUCCCUCCGUGUUGGGUGUAUUACACUGGAAAGGAAUUGUUUUAGCUGUCGUCUUCGUCCCUUCUCUAUAUUUCCGCUUGCAGAUUUUAUUCAGGGAUGAUUUCAUGGCGCAUGUUUAGAAGGAGCUGCUUUCCUUGGUUUUUUCCGUGAUUUUGCUUUACUUGGCGCAUUGCAUAUUCAAGGACUCGCACCGAAUUGGCCAUACAUCCUUUUCCUGUGUGUCUCAGCCUAACAGACUGUGAUGGAGAGCUAGUCCCUAGCCCUCGGACAUUUUGCAUUUGAAUGCCAGUUGAGGAUUCCACAGUUUCUCAAGCCGUGUGAAUGAAGUCAGAGUUUCCCACUGACUACUGAGGGCUCAGCAGAAUUUGCCAGUUGGUCAUUUCCUGGAGCACAAGACAUUGUGCCAGUCAGGGUGUAACAAAGACACAUGUUCCAAGUCUCUUCUUAGCACAGAGCCGCAGAGGACACCAGGCAUACCACCCAUCUUUAGAUGGUCCUGGGACAGCUGUCAGCCCAGCGUGCCCUACUCUGUGUUGGGCUCACCUCCCACAGUCAGUGGCCAGAGCCCACCUGUGUGUUGUGGGACUGGAGUUAGAUCUUUUGCUAAGGGCUCAUUUCCACCUGCUGUAAGGAGGAAAGACCAAGACCAUCUCUGGUCUUUGUAAAUUUCAAGGUGUUCUUAACUGUUCUUUAAUGCUUCUUUUAGAGCAACUUAAAAAAAAAAAUACUGUGUACCCGUUAAACACUUAAAGACUGAGAAGACCAUGUUUUCCUGCUGGCCAUGGAUUGAUUUAAAAUACACGGUGAUGCUGAGUUUUCACAUACCUGUCUCUGCCACACACCGCUCCAAAGAGACCUGCUUGUGGUCCCUUCCAGCCUCUUCUAAGUUGGCUACCCAAGUUCCUGUGCACCUUCAGAGUCCUUCUGUUGCUGUCAUAAUGACAUUCGUGGACCGGUCUAUGCACCGUUCCGUUAGCAUGGUCAAGUCAUGUCAGGUGGUGGGACGUUGCCAUUCAUCUUCAGUUUCCUUAUUUUCUAGGAGCUUCCUGUAGAAAAGCCCCCCCAGACAAAGCAGACCUUAAUUGACUAAAUAAAGCUUGCAUGCUCCACUUAAGAUAAGCACUACGGCCGAGGAUACGAGAUCUACCACGCUGGCAAGACCAGUUGAAGCUGACUCAAAAAUCCUGACACACGACUGACUGUCGGCAGGCUUCUCACUGCCCUGGUUAGGGUCUGAUCGCCGCUUUGCCAGAGCCCAGGCACGUGCGCUGGGCUCCCGGGCGAUCAGGGUACAAGGAGGAGGGCAUGUGGCCACGGCACUGGGGGCUCAGACCUAAGCACAGCCCUGGGUCUUGGCACACAACAGAGAAGGGAAUGAUUGGAACUUAACCUCGCAGAGCAAGUUGUGGUUUAUGAUUAGUUCUCUGUCGAUUUCAGGGAUGGCAAAUUCUGACGCGUGCGCUCUAAAAUGUCUUGGUCACACACCAGCUCUUGAUGACUUUCUUUUAAGUGAGUUCUAUACAGAGAGGCGUUUAGCUUCUCUCAGCUUAUUGGUUCUGUUUGUUUUUGUUUUUUAAAUAUAUAUCGCAAGAAGAUUGCCAGCAUAAUGGAGAGGAAACCAGAUUGGAUAUGGACUUUUUUUUAAAAAUGCUUCUUCCACUGUCAUGUUCAUAUAUCCAGAUGGACGUUAUCCUCUCCGAUGAUUAUCUGGCGCUAAUUUAUAGCUAUUAUCGGAGACUAUGUAGCAAUAUAUCUACAGCCAGGAUGCACCGUAGGCCUCUACAGAUGUAUGUGCACACGUAAGUAUAAGUGAACUUACAUGCCAGGUUUUACACUUCCAUCUCUAAAAGAGAGCAAAAAGCCCCCAAACUGGCCUUGUCCUGAGUGGAUGUAAGUGUUACUUCUCUCUGCGUUCUAUGCCUUCCCCUUAAUUGAUGACUGAGUUGGUGGAAAAUGGCUUGGUUUUUUAUUCAUGUUGUUUUUUGUUCUCAACUUUAAAAGUAAUCUACCUCUGAAAAUGUGUAGUUCGAUGCUUGUUUGGUGAAUUUGUGCCACUUUAACCCUUUCGCAACCAUUCCCGUUUUGUUACGUUUCUGUUAUGGGGACUUUAUGUUGAAAUGUACAAAGCAUUUGUAGCAGUUUAAAAAUAAAAUAUUUAAAAUUAUUUAAAUUGUUUUGGACACUUCAAUUGUACUAUAUGUGAUUUACGUUUUACAUUUUUGUUGGAGUUGUUAACCUGAAGAGUGUUCCUGUAUUGAAGUUUGCUGUUAGUUAUUUUAUUGUUUCUUGUUGGAGAGUGAUAUAAAAGACUAUUCUAAUGAAAACAUUAAAAUUUACAAUUUGACAUACAAAAGGGGUUGUCCGUUGAUUUUCACCAAUACAGCCUUUAGAGAGAGAGAGAGACAGAGAGAGGUUCCUUACAGACAGACGUGUCCUUUGGUGUUCUUCCCCUUCUGGCAUGAAAGAGAUCAGUGGAGCUUGU